UCACCCAGCCCCCAACACAGACGCUACAUUCAACAGAGGAAACGGAAAAGACGAAACAUACAAGGUUUUUCAUUUCAAAACCCCGGGGCUGUGGAAAGAACAGAGAGUUCCUUCUUUUUUUAUAUAAACUUGUCCAGUUUGGGCUGCAUUCUCAGACCACAAACCCGGCCUCCCAUCACGUUAUUUCCCUUCAUUUCCCCAGCUGUUUGCAGCUGGCAGAAAGCACCCGCCCUGUUCGGGAAAAAGGGACCGAGAGUGACUGGAGGAGGAGAGAGAUGCCACCCCAACCUUUGCAGUCGCAGGUGAGGAAGAAUAUCCAGAAGUUCCUCAAGAGUUUUUUGGGAAUUAUCCGCAUCCUGCAGAUAGUGUUCGGAGCCGGGUUGUGGGUCACCAUCGCCGCAAACAAAUACGAAGGAUCCAUCCACUUCGUCCUGUUCGUCGCAGUCCUCUUCUGGCUCCUCACCCUCGCCCUUUUCUUCCUCACCCUGCUGGACAAGCAGGACCUCGUCCCGCUGCUGGGAGGGGAGCGCUGGUUGUCCACCAACCUGGCGCACGACGUGGCCGCCGCCGUGCUCUACCUGCCGGCCAUAGGUGUCAUGAUCUACAAGACGGAUCGCAACUCGUACUGCAACCUGGAGCAGUACAAGCACCUCUGUCUGUACAAGGUCUACCUGACAGCUGCCGUGUUCGCCUGCCUGUGCUGCCUGGCUUACCUCCUGUCGGUUAUUAAUGGAGCGUGCAGGAAGUGCCGAGGAGAACAGACGGUCAUCUGAUAAGACUGAAGGGGGGUGAUGGCAACAGGGAGGGAAGGGGGUAUGGGUCCUUUAGUGGGGUAUCCACAGCAAGAUGAUGAAUAGUUAACUUCACUGUAAUUUAACUCAACAGCUACUCUAAUCACAGGUGUGUCUCUCUUGUCUCCCCACACCAAACUUUCCACUUUGGUAGUGAGGCAUCCAAAAUCAUUCUGUCAGUGAAUUUAAGUGUAGCUGACAUGAAAAUACCCAAUCAGCUCCUGGUACAGAGGCCUACCCAGGAUGGGAGUCUGAUUGGUGAGAUGUGUUAGGAGGUCUGAGGCAUUGUACCCCUUUUAUUAAGGCACGUGUGUCUGUCUCCUAGUUGUAGUUAAGGCCAUGCCUCCACCUCUUAUGUUUGUUUUCCACUAAUUUAGGCUAAUGUAAUUUUUCCUUUAUAAAGAAUCAUUAUAAUAGUCCAGUAGGUGCUAUUAUAGUGGCCAUAUAUUCAGUGUUUACAAUACAAUGGGCUUUACAUACAUUUGUAGAUUUGUGUUGAGUAGCUGUCCAUCUAAAACCCCUCAUAGGAUUUAUUUUACAAGGGAUUCUUUUCAUUGCCCUUUUUAAUGUAUAUAUUUUUUUUACGUGUUUUUUUUUGUACGACAGCAAACUAUACUGAACAGUUACUGAAGCGUGGUAGGCUACUCCUUUGGAUCAGCUCUGUUUUAGUUUUGUCUCACUUAAAAGCUGCAAACAGGUUCAUAAGUGCCUUCUGUCAGAAUGCUGUAUAGGCUACUCAACCAGGUUGUUACAACAUCCAACAAUAUGGAUGUGAUCGGUGCUACAAUGUGUAUGCUAAACAAAAAUAUUCCUCAAGUGUCCAUUAUGUAAAAGCCAAAGAAUAAAGAGCAGUAAGUGAGA